CAUCACCUCUUUAGCAUAACAGAAUCUUUUAUAUCGGUAUGUACAGGCGAAGCCAUGCGCAAUUUUUGAUGUUCCAAUUCUCCAAAUUCAUCAAGCGACGCGCAAUGCCUUUCUCAACUUCGGACAGCGAGGAGCUCUCGUGUCCCGCAGCAGCAACAGUCGACUGACGCGCAAAUUCGCCCACAGAUCCUAUAACCAGCCAAAAUGUCGAACCCCCGUGUUGAAGAAAUCGUUGACGACAAGCCCGAGCAGCAGGUCGAGGUUGAUGACAGCUCCUCCGACUCUGAGGGUGAGGACGGUGGUAUCCCCGCCGGCUCUUCCGUCACCGUCCACUCGCGCAACGAGAAGAAGGCCCGCAAGGCCAUUGCCAAGCUCGGCUUGAAGAAGAUUGAGGGCAUCACUCGCGUCACUCUCCGCAGACCUAAGAACAUCCUCUUCGUUAUCAGCCAGCCCGAUGUUUACAAGUCUCCCAACUCCAACACCUACAUCAUCUUCGGUGAGGCCAAGAUUGAGGACCUGAACUCGCAAGCCCAGGCUGCCGCUGCCCAGCAGCUCUCCCAGCAGGAGGGUGCCGCUGAGCACACCCACGACCACUCCGACAAGGGCAAGGCCCCCGAGGUUGAGGCCAAGAAGGAGGAGGAAGAGGAGGAUGACGGUGAGGAGGUCGACGAGACCGGUCUUGAGGCCAAGGACAUUGAGCUUGUCAUGGCCCAGGCUUCUGUCAGCAGAAAGAAGGCCGUCAAGGCCCUCAAGGAGAACGACAACGACAUUGUCAACUCCAUCAUGGCCUUGAGCAUAUAGAUGCAGUCGCAUGUCUCGAAAAGAUAUGACUGAAGCUCUGAUCAAAACCCACCACUUUAUAUAAAAAGUUUCUAUCAACGAUUGAACGUUCUCGUUG